AUGGGAAAAGGUGAUAAACGUGGUAUUGGUCAACGUGGAGAUGGCGCAAGUACAAAUUUAGUUGGAAAAUUUACACAAAGUGUACGACGUAUAGUACAGGAUGUAAAAGAUGAAGGUACUUCAAGUGGUUUAACAAAAGAAGAGGUGAUUGAUACAAAUGAACGAUUACGUGCUGUACGUGUACGAUUAGAAGAAUCAUAUGAUACAGCGAAGAAAGCAUUAGUGACAUUAAUGGCCAAAUAUGGAGAUAGUAAAUCCGUUAAUAAUGUUUUUCAACGUUAUAAUUUAUUAAAAGCAAUGAUUAAAGAAGUAAUACGCUUAGAAACACAAUAUUGGACGUUAGUUGAUAUACCAAAACAAGAAAAACAAGAGACUGUUCCUGCAUUUGUAUUACGAGCAUGUGCAAUUAUGGAGAAAACACAAAAAUCUGGUGAAGGUGUUAAAACAUCUGCAAAAUUGGCUGAAGAAGCUCAAGAUCGCCGUGAACGAAUUGAACGUUUAGAAAAUAUGACGACCGCACAAAUUGAAGCUGAAAAUACACAAAUGACAAAUGAUUUGUAUAGGUUAUUAAAAAAGUAUUCGGGAUUACGAAACUUAAUUCGAGAAUUGAAGGUGGAUUACGUGAAUUCCAAAGUGUAUCCAAUGUUUCCACGCUACACUAUGCUAAAGGAUAUGAUCAAAGAUAUAAUGCAUGAUCCCGAUUACAUGGAAGUGUGUCACGAAGUAGAUGUUUAG